AAAGACCGACCUGAGGAGCAGACAGGAAGGGGCGGAGCGCCAGCGGCUGCAGGGCCGAGCCCCGCUCCUCGGGAGACAGCGGCCGCAGCCGGAGACGCAGGCGUCCGCUCAGCGGCGGGCUUAGUGCCCCCGCCCUUCCCAGUCCCGGCCGUCGACUGGAUGUCUGCGGGGCCUGCGCUGACCCCCGGCACCAGGCACUGGGCGAGAGGCAACACCGGGUCCAUGGCCAACGCGGCGGCGCCCUCUUCCUUGGCCCUCGGAGUUGCGAGCCCGGCCGCGGCCCCCAGCUCGUACGGGGUGUUCUGCAAGGGGCUCUCCCGCACCCUGCUCGCCUUCUUCGAGCUGGCCUGGCAGCUGCGCAUGAAUUUUCCGUACUUCUACGUCGCGGGCUCGGUGAUACUGAACAUCCGCUUGCAGGUACACAUUUAGAACCUCCGGGGCCAGCCCAAUGGCGCAGGAACCCGAGGCCCGGCGGCCAAGUGGCGUUACCGAGAAGAACCUCCGCAGUCUCGCGAGAGUGCCUGGGCGCCCUCCGGGGCUGUGCUCCCUGCUCUUAGCCGACCUCCCCCUUCAGUCGCGGAAAGGCUGCCACAACUAGGAAAAGGAAGCACGCGAUUUUCCGGGAAGAGCGAAGAAUUUAAUUCAGGCCCACGACAGUGUUUAAGAAGCUGUUCAUCCUUAAAACAAAAACAGACGAACAGUCUGCAUUAUAAAAAAGGAAAGUAGAUUUUCAGGAAAGAACUUUUAAUGUACAACAAGCUCAUGGUCCAAAUUAAAAUAAGAAACCAUAAAUUUCGGGAAUAUUGGAUUGGAUUGUAUACAAGACAUUGAAUAAGAAGUUGAAGAUCUUAAGGAUAUGAUGGGGAAGGCAUAUGUUUAUUUCAUUCCACCAGAGAAAACAAUGACAAUCAGAAAUAUUCAGUGGAAAAAAAAACUGUACAGAAAAAGCAUCCUUCUAAUACCAAACAAUGUAAAAUGCUGCAGGAUUUUGAACAGAGAAUUGGAGUGUGAGAAAGCUUCCUCUUUCAGUGUCCCUGUGAGUAGUAGCCGUGCAAGACCUUGGAGCCAAAGAGAAGGAAAUCCAGUGAUAGCCCAAAGCUUGGCUUUUUAGUGAAUAAUAUUUAAAUAAUAACAAUGAAUGUAAAUGCUGCUUAUGGUCUUUUUCUUUUUAAGAGAACACUUAAUUAUGGUUACAAAGUGGAAUGCAGAUGUUAUCACCCUUGAUAAUGUGGAAGUACAGUUUUCAAAUGGGGUUGAUGAAAGGGAAGGGAAGAUAAAUAGAAAAGUAGUGGUGUCCUUAUAAAGUUGAAAGAUACAGUGUGUUAUGAGGAAAAAAGAUUGAAGAGUAGCCAUAACGUUGCUAAAAAUAGCAAUAUAACUAUGUUAAAAAGGGAAGAAAGUAAAGGAGAACACAGCAAGAAGUCAACAAGAAAUGCCUAGUAAAUAAAGUUGACUUCGUAUCCUAAAAAAAAGAGAAAGAAAGACAUGUCUAAAUCUGGAGUCAGUUGGAAUGUCUCAAAAAAGAAAAACAGACUACCUGGUGUAUUUGAAUAUAGAAUCAAGAGAUUUUUAGUUUUUCAUAGAGUGUGGAGGUGAAUUAGUGGCCUGCAGAUUUUUUAAUUAAAAUGAAAUUGAAGCAAUUAUGCCCAGGAAAAAUAAUAAGUUGUUCAAGAACUAUAUUGCUUACAGCAACUGUAGAUAAUAUUAGUCAUAUAAAGUCAGUCAUAAUUAUGUAAACACUGAAUACAAAUAAAAUUAAUGAUUAUGUAACAUUGGGGAUUGGAGAGGAGAGAGGUGUGUGUAAUGGAAAGUCAUUCACGAUCUAGUAUAGAAGUGUCAAAAAAAUCAGUAUUUAACAUGUCAUUAAGAAAAAAACUACAGUAAGAAAUCAGCUAAAAGUUAAAAAUGGUUGUCUGGAAAAAAUCAGGGAUGGGUAGAGAGAAGGUGGAGGAGUGCUGUUUUCCACUACCAGUCUAACAGUAUUAUUUUGAUUUUUCCUUAUAUAUUUAUUUUAUUAAAAAUUAAUUUAAAUAAAUUUCAUUUUCAAAAUUGCUCAGGUAGUUGAAAUGUACACCACUGGUUAAGAGCCACUAGAAUAAAAGGAUUGAGUUUUUAAAUCAGGCAGACCUCUGUUAAAAUACAAACUGUAAUUUUGUGGUCUUAACUAGUUGAGUCUGUUGAUCUGCUUCAAGCCUGAUUCCCUCAACUAUUAAGUGAGGGUAAAACACCCAUCUUGAAAUGUCAAUCUGAAAAUUAAAAAUAAGCCUGCUUUACUGCUUGAUAUAUACCCAAACAACAGUAUCUGUUAUAAAAUAUCUCAUUAACAUAUGAAUAAAACUCCCUGUUAUGGAAUGCCUUCUUUCCCAGUGGAGAUUUCAGGCCUAAAGGAGAUAGGUAUGGUACUGACACUAGUGGUGUGGGAAAAAGCCUCCGAGAAUAUAUUGAGACGUUUGAGCCCAAAGAGGUCAUUAUUUGCCAAGGUAAAGAUUUAAACUAUUUGCAGUAUUCUAUAGUUCUAUUAAUUGUGUCCAACAAACAAGUAUAUUCUAGGGUUGUAAAAUAAGUGUCCCCUCCAGCACCAUGUCUGGCUUUUGGUAAUUGUUCUUUCUAUCCUUCAUUCCUCCUCUCAGACCAAACUACUGAGUGCAUCCUCCUCUCUCUGCUUACACUUUCUUCUGCCUUUUCUACUCUGCUUUUUUUUUUUCUUUUUUGCUUAUGGUUAUUCUGCCUGUGUUUUAAAGCUACAUUUAGAUGUCACUUUUUCCAUUAUGUUUUGCCCAGAUUCCUCUGAUCAGAUUGGAGUUCAUUUCUUUUUCUCCAGCUAAGGGCUGGGUUAAGAUCAACAUAUGCCAUUUUCAUAGGCUGCUUUAUUUUUGCCUAAUUAUGCAUUAAUUAUCAGACUUUUUUAAUAUCCAAAAAGACAGGUUUCUAUAAUGUCUUUCCUUGAUAAUUAUACAUUGCUGUGAUAGCGUGCAGGAACUACAACAUUUUAAUAAAAUAUCAGAAAUGUAAUUUGAUCAAUGAAAUAAUUCAGUAAUGCCAAGGUACUUAUAAAUGGUGGGCACCACUAUUCCAUGAGGCAGUAAUGUCUCAAUGUGUAACAUAAAAGAAUGACUGCCAUUAGCCCUGGAAUGGUGAGAUAACAGGGAUGCUCCAUUUGGGUGGCUAUAUGAACAUGUGCCUUCAACAUUUUUCUUCAGAUCAGUCCUUUGUUGACACUGAAGAAACUAAGGCACUUUAGCAGCCUUAUUGUUUAUCAUUUCCUGAACUAGAUUGGAAGCUCUGUGAGGGAAGAUACUGUAUCCUAUCCAAUGUUACAGCCUGUAGUAUCAGCAAAUAUAUGGUAGGAACUGAAUGGAAAGCUCCACGAAGCAUUUAUUCUUCACAAUUGCUCUUAAACCUAGAUGUGUAUUUUUCUUCCCACAUAACACAGCUCAGUGAAGUUUCCCAGGGGAGAAAACAAUAUUUUUGCCCUGACUAACCCAUUUAUUCUAAUUUACAAGUAAUUUUAUUGUUCUUGGCAUCCUUUCAGGUAACACACGAAGCCAACGAUUUGUUUGCUCAUUGCUCUAUCCCCAGUCUAGCAUUGUCUGAAUGCAAGGUAGAAAAUACAGACUGUUGAGUGAAAGCCAAAUUAGUUGUUUUUACAAGAAUUAUUAGUCGAUAAAAGAAAUAGAGAUAUAUUUGCCCCUGGUAUUAAGAUGAUCCACUUUCUUGCCCACAAUGAGCUUUUUCAGUCCAUCGUGAAUAUUGAUUGGUCCAGAGAUCCCUCAAGUGUGAAGAAGCAAAGAGGUGCUAAUCAAUAAAGAAAAAAACUUGGUUAUGAAGCUUAACUGACAAAAAUGAUGGGAAGGGUAGCUCUAUUACAGUUUAUAAAAGGGAAAUAUUAAUCAUAGUAAUGUAUAAUUUAAGGGUUCGGGAACAAGACUUUUUUUUUUUAAUUGAGGGUAAGAACAAGUGUGAUUACUUGGCUGAAAGAGCAUACUAUCACUGUUAGCAUCAUUUUUAAAAUUUUACUGAAUUUUUAAUACCAGGAAUAUGAAAAGUUAUUUAUAUACAUAAUCUCUGUAAUUCUCAUGUAUCCUAUAAGGAAGACAUUUUCAUCAUCAGUUUUCAGAUAAAAGAAAUGGAUUUAAAGAGGUUAAGUAGCUUUCCCAAGGUGAUAGUAACUGGACAAACUACUAUUGAAUCUCAAGUUUAUCCCUAAAAAUACAUUUGAUGGGAGAUUCAAUUUUUUACAAUGUUUAGGUAAUUUGAAUAAUCCUGUUUCUUUUCUCAAAUUUUCAAACACAAGUAUGGCCUGGAUAAUAGUUGAUAAUAUCUUUUUAAAAAAAUAGGGUUUUAUAUGUUAGAAUAUAAAUAUUCAAUAUGAUUUGAUAAAUCAAGUAUUUUAUACUCUCUGCUGCCUGAAGUGAUUUGGCUUAUUUGUGGAAUGAAAUGAGAUAGAGGAAAGGACAUUGUCCCUAAGAAGGGAAGGAGUAUAGAUAAGGUAAUUAGAAAUUUUGAAUCUAUGUCCAUCACUGCUUGAGGAGGCCUAACUAAAUUUUGUUACAAAAUCUUGCAGACCUAUUUUAAUGGAGGCUAGUCUUGGUGGAGCAUCAGUAGCAUUUGAUAGAGUCAAGAAGAAAAUGGGACUUACACAUGGAGACAUAAAUGGAUUGGGAAGUUUAGGAAUAUAGGGACAAGAGAAGGAGAGAAAAAUUCUAAUGCCAGAAACUUUGAACUUGGAAAGUAGUCUGAAGAGUACACUUAGAAGUUUCCAGGCAAGUGGAUCAAGGAAAGAACCCCUGCAAUAACAGAAUUCCCAACAAUUGAGUUGGAUCAAGGUAUAUCAGUCUACUUGAAUUACCACGAGUGUGGGAACUUUCUUGCAACUUUAACAAGAACACUUGAUAGCCCAUUGCUCAGCAGGAUUACCACCAGCCCAGGUUGUGAGUCUUUUUACAGCUGAUGUCAACACCUCCUCACCGUCCAAUCCCCACAAAUACAAAUCUCAACAAUGCUCUUGGGACAAUUGAAAGGCCAAAGGACAUUCCUGAGUGCCUACAACAAAUAAAAAGAAGAAACAA